AUGUAUUCGCAUAUACUUUUGUUUGGGGCCACAGGGGCUGCUGGGUCACUUUUUGCGAAAUUUGCCUUGCGGAAGAACUACAAACUCACCAUCUACGUACGAAAUCCCGGCAAAGUAGAUCCCGACAUAGCUUCUCAUAAGAAUGUCACCGUGAUUACCGGCGAACUUUCUGAUCAAAGCAAGCUCCUUGAGGCUGUCAAAACUGGUGUGGACUCGGUAGUACUACUUGUUGGUGGUGACAUGUCCACCAAGGGAACGCCGCUACUUGAUGGAAUCAAGACUCUAUAUCCCAUUUUGAUUGCUCAAAAUGUAAAACGAGUCAUAGUUCUUUCAACGCCCUCGUAUUCUGACCCAAAAGAUAAAACGAAUUUAUUCUUCUGGUUUGGAGUUAGGGCGUUAUGGUAUUUAGCUCGCGAUCAGCAACUCCAGGUCAUCGGGUUGGCAACGCACACGAUUAGCCAGUCUUUGGAGCAAUUGGAGUGGACAGUAAUUAGGAUACCAAUGUUGACAAAUCACAGUGCUAUGCCUGUCUAUGCUGGCUACGUUGGGGACGGGCGUGCAAAGUCGAAAUUAAGCAGGCAAAGCCUCGCACAAUGGUGCUUGGAAGAAUUGGAGGCCAAAAAUUGGGUUGGAAAAGCCCCAUUUUUAUCGAACAAAUAA